AUGCACACAUGGGCCGACCCACCCUGGCAGGACGAUGAUGUCGUGCUCCUUGGCGUGACUGUCAUGGCUUUCAGCUGCAGGCAGAGCCCAGGCCAGGAGGAAAGGAGGGGCAGCCCAGCUAUCAUUUCUGAGACUAUCCCCAUUUUCCUUGCCUCCAUGAAAGGGAAACCUUACUGGAAGGUUGCAGCAGGUGGAGGUGGCUGUGUGCAAGCCUCUGGCGUUCUGCUAGCAGGGCGCUGCUUGCAGUCUCACUUAGCAACUAGACAUCCACCCACGUCCACACUCACAUCCACAUACACUUCCACACUCACAUCCACAUCCACAUCCACACUCACAUCCAUAUCCACAUCCUCAUCCACAUCCACACCCACAUCCACACUUACAUCCUCAUCCACGCCCAUAUCCACACUCAUACCCACAUCCACACUCACAUCCACAUCCACACUCACAUUCACACUCACACCCACAUCCACACUCACAUCCACAUCCACACUCACAUUCACAUCCACACCCACAUCCACACUCACACCCACAUCCACACUCCAUCCACAUCCACACUCACAUCCACACUUACACCCACAUCCACACUCCAUCCACAUCCACACUCACAUCCACACUCACACCCACAUCCACACUCACAUCCACACUCACACCUACAUUCACACAUCCACACUCACAUUCAUAUCCACAUCCACCUCCACACUCACAUCCUCAUCCACACCCACAUCCACACUCACACCCACAUCCACACUCAUGUCCACACUCACAUCCACAUCCACACUCACAUCCACCACGUUCUACACCCGACAGUCCAACAUUUCAGUGACACUCACAUCCACACUCACAUCCACACUCACACCCACAUCCACACUCACAUCGACACUCACAUCCUCAUCCACACCCACAUCCACACUCACAUCCACAUCCACACUCACGUCCUCAUCCACACCCACAUCCACACUCACAUCC